GCCCUGGCAGCGUCACUGUUCUCCCGUUGAAGCUGGCUGCCCUGAUAUAGCACAGGCGAUCGGAAUACGAGCCAAAAAUGGCGGACUUGACGCAGCUCAAUCCACCCAAAAAGAAAAGCAAACCGAACAAUCACCAUCACGUUCAAGAUGCCGCACACUCAUCUAUUUUGGAUGAAGCGAAUCGCAAAGAGGCCGUAUCACCUUUCUACAGCCGCGUCAAUCCGCACAAACCGUCCGCUUUUUCUCUACCUAUCACUUCAUCACACGGCAGCCGCAAGCAUACUCUGAGCAUAGCACUGCCUGGCAGUAUCAUACUCAACUCGCAGUCUCCCGAGCUGCGUGCAAGGCUGGUCGCCCACGUUGCGCGCGCUGCCGCUAUCUUCAACGUGGAUGAGAUUGUCAUCUUCAAAGAAGGACAAAGGGCAAAAGAUACUGCUGUGCUCGAAAGUAGAGGCGGCUAUGGAAGAGGGCGGUACAGCAAGGGUGCAAGUAUCACCGAAGAGGAAGGUGGAACAGGCGAUUCGUACGAUGAGGAUGCUUUCAUGGCGAGAAUCCUGCAGUAUCUCGAAACGCCUCAGUAUCUCCGCAAGGUUUUAUUUCCCAUGCAUCCUGAUUUACGCUACGCUGGACUGCUACCGCCGCUAGACUUGCCGCACCAUUUGAGGAGGGAAGACCAGGCACGCUACCGUGAAGGGGUCAUCGUCAGCCCGAACGCCAAGAGCAGCUCCAAGCACAACAAGGACCCUAUGAAAAGUGGAAUGCAGGAAUGGCUGAUUGACGUGGGGCUUUGGGAUAACGUCCGUACGGAGGCACCGGUGAGCGCGGGCUUGGCGGCGGAUAUGCGUGUCACGGUCGAGAUGCCCAAGAAUGAGAGUGGUAAAGCAACACUUGUGUCCCCUCGCACGCCUGUCGAAAAGCAAGGCAUGUACUGGGGCUACUCUGUCAGACUCUGCGACUCGCUUUCCCAAGCGCUCAGCAGCUCACCCUGGCAAAGCGGGACAGACGCGAGCGGUGAUGGCGGCUACGACUUGGUCAUCGGCACAUCUGAGCGCGGGCAACCUGUCUCUCAGCUCUUAGCUCUGAGCGGUGGGGGGACGGGUGAUGCGGCAUGUGCAAGUAACGCGGGGAUACCUCCUUUCCAUCAUGCAAUGCUCGUCUUUGGCGGACUCAGUGGACUCGAGGUCGUGAUCGAGCAUGACAAGGGGAUACCCUUGGGUGCGGAUGAUGCACACGAGCUCUUCGACCUCUGGAUCAACGUCGCAGAGAACCAGGGCAGUCGGACGAUCAGAACUGAAGAAGCUGUACUCAUCGCGCUGUCGCGACUUGCGCCUGCUCUCGAGACGGCUGGCAGGAAGGUGUAACGACUCAUCUUGAUUUGUCUUAUGUAUCGUAAUGCCUAU